UAUGACCCUUUCUUAAAACUCUCUCUCAUCACCAUCAGUUGACCAUUCUCUGUCUCUCCCUCUCUCCUCAUUUGUUGAACCAGCGACCUAUUUGACUAUCAAGCCGGCACUCAUAUUCAUCCAGAAACCCGCCCUCUCUCUCUCUCUCUCUCUCUCUCUCUCUCUCUCUCUCUACAAAACCCCAAUUCCAUUUCCCUUGAAUUCACUUAUCUCUCCUAAAAACCCACAAUUUCAUCAUCAUCAUCAUCAUCAUAUAUAUAUAUAGGAAUUGUAGAAUUUGAUUCCUGAAUUUUGCAGAAUCAAGAUGAACGAUCUGUUUUCAGGCUCAUUCUCUCGGUUCCGGAGCGAGGGCUCUCCAGGCAAUGUCCAGAUGUCGAAUUCCGCCACCACCGGCGGAGGAGGAGCUGUGAAUCUCGACAAGUUCUUCGAAGACGUAGAAGCCAUUAAAGACGAUCUCCGAGACCUCGAAACUCUCUACCACAACCUCCAAACCUCUCACGAACAAAGCAAAACACUCCACAGCGCAAAAGCAGUGAAAGAUCUACGAUCUCGAAUGGACAACGACGUGGCAUCAGCUCUGAAAAAGGCCAAAGUGAUCAAAGUCCGGCUGGAAGCCCUAGAUCGCAACAACGCCGCCAACCGCAGCCUCCCUGGGUGCGGCCCCGGCAGCUCCUCGGAUCGCACACGCAGCUCGGUCGUGAACGGGCUCCGCAAAAAACUGAACGAUUCGAUGAAUAGUUUCACAGAUAUCCGGCAAUUAAUCACGGCCGAGUACAAAGAGACAGUUGAACGACGAUACUACACAGUGACAGGUGAAAAGGCGGAUGAAUCGACGAUCGAUCGGUUGAUUGCGACGGGAGAGAGCGAGACGUUUUUGCAGAAGGCGAUUCAGGAGCAAGGGAGAGGGAGAGUGAUGGAGACGAUAAUGGAGAUUCAAGAGAGGCAUGAAGGAGUGAAGGAGAUGGAGAGGAAUCUGAAGGAAUUGCAUCAAGUUUUUCUGGACAUGGCAGUGCUUGUGGAGACUCAAGGAGAGCAAUUGGAUGAUAUUGAGAAUCAGGUGAAUAGGGCUAGCUCUUUUGUCAGAGUUGGAGCACAGGAGCUUGGUGUGGCCAGGAGGCACCAGAAGAAUACCAGGAAGUGGACUUGUAUUGGAAUUACCAUACUCUUGGUUAUCAUCCUCUUUGUGGUGCUUUUCACUGUGAAGCCAUGGAAUAACAAAAAAUAACAAUAAUGCCACGCCGUCGGGUGGUGCAUGGUUUUGUUUUGCACGUCGAUGCAUUAUAAUGUUUCCUCUAUGUUUCAUUUUUUAUUUUGAAGGGAUUGUUUAGUUUUAUUUUUUGAAGAGGCUAAAUUUGACUGAGGGUGGUGGUGGUGGGUGAUUGGUCAGGUUUUGGUUGGACGAAGACUCAUUCAAGUUUAGAUUAUUAUCGUUAUUUUUUAUUUUAUUUUUUUUGUGAUUAUCAUUUUGAACACUUGCCCUAUGGAUGUAGUAUAUCACCUUAUGGAAUCUUAUUUUAUGUA